CUUCCUCUCUCCAAGACCUCAAUUUUUUGCACAACUCCGUCCUUGAAAUAAGAGCCCUUCAAGCAACCUGGAAAACGUUUGGUCAGCAAAAAAAAAAAAAAAAAUCCUCCUGUUUUUCCAAAGGAUCUGUCUCAGGAAUUUAAAGCACAUUUAAGACACACACACUCACAUAACAUAAGGAGGGGGGGAAAGGCUCUUCCCCUCCCCUUCUUGCAGAAAGCAUGGAAGAAAGCUCCAGUUCUCCUGUUUCCCCUGUGGAUAGCUUGGGGACCAGUGAAGAGGAGCUGGAAAGGCAGCCAAAGAGAUUUGGCAGGAAGAGAAGAUACAGUAAGAAGUCCAGCGAAGAUGGCAGCCCCAACCCAGGGAAGAGGGGAAAAAAGUCCAGUCCCAGCUCCCAGUCUUAUGAAGAACUGCAGAGCCAGAGGAUCCUGGCCAAUGUCAGAGAGAGGCAGAGGACUCAGUCGCUCAACGAAGCUUUUGCCGCCCUGAGGAAAAUCAUCCCCACGUUGCCCUCUGACAAACUCAGUAAAAUCCAGACCCUCAAGCUCGCGGCGCGGUAUAUAGACUUCCUCUACCAGGUGCUACAGAGCGACGAGAUGGACAGUAAGAUGACGAGCUGCAGUUACGUGGCUCACGAGAGGCUGAGUUAUGCCUUCUCAGUCUGGAGGAUGGAGGGUGCAUGGUCCAUGUCGGCCUCACACUAGCCACCGCCGGAGCGAGGCCAGCACAGCCGCCAAAGGACUGUCCGGUGUCUGAGACUGAAGUGGAAUUGGGAUGUAUCCAAGUUUGUAGCUUCUGAAACCUUAACAACCUCAAGUAAACUGGUCCAAAAGACCCUUCUUGACCUCCCUCACUCUGAACUCUUGCAGAGCACUUAGACUGAGCAGGAGCCAGCACCAAAGCUAUGGGUCUGAACCUUCGCACCAUCUCUCCAAGUGACUGAUCACAGAGAAGCGAGAAGCAACAUUCCUGACUGUUCAUCUGUUCAUCGUUGUUGGGUUUUGUCUGUGUGUCCGUCUGGGUGUUUGGUUUUAGUUCUUUUUUUUUUUUUUUUUUCCUUUCUCCUUUGCUGAAAAAAAAUCUUAAUUCAGGAACACAUUUAUGAGAAACCUUUGGGUUCGGAUUUUACUUCCCCUUAGCUGUAUUCUUUUUGUGUGUGCGUCUACUUUUUAAAGCUCAAAACCUGAUUUCUUGUACAGUAAUGUCAAAACUGGACCAAGGCUCUCAGAAAAAAGAAAAAAAAAAAAAAAAAAAAAAACAAAAAAAAAAAAAAAAAAAAGGAAUUAAAAAGGCCACAAUGUCCCCCAGCUCCCUGCAUGAUUUGUUUCAAGUACAGCCUGGAUUACAGACUGCCUUCCACACUCUACUGCCUCUUCCUUGUUGCUCCAUGAUUUGCUACCACUCCUGAUCCCCCCACUUUUUUUUUUUUUUUUUCAUUUUUCUGUUCCAGUGUAUAUGUUGCUUAUUUGUUUUAUUUAUUGAGAUAUUUUUAACGAGCUAAGAGACUGCAAUGUCGCUGUGUAUACUGCUUCUCUUGCCAGUAAAAAUAAAGAUGUCAUGCAGCUAC